CUCUUUUUCUUUUUUAAUAGUUCAUCUAAUAAUGAAAUCAGUGACAUUGGCAACACCCGCAGACAAAGAUAUCAUUCGGCAGGCCCUUCCUACUUCAAAAAUCUACACAGCAGCCGUUGCACGACUACACGUCGCCAGUCCCGAUCCUUCAAAGUGGACUUACUCACAAAUAUGGGGAGCUGCUGUAUUCUGUUGUGAUAAAGCGAAAAACAAUUCAUUCUUUAUACGUAUUGUGGAAUUACAAGGGCAAAAUAAUGUCAUUUGGGAGCAAGAAUUAUAUUACGGAUUUCAGUAUGUCAAGGAUGCUUCUUUCUUUCAUUCCUUCGAAACAGACGAUUGUUUAACGGCAUUGGAAUUUGUGGAUGAAGGUGAAGCCGACGUAUUUUACAAAAAAGGGGCCGCUCGACAAACAGCGGCACCAGUGUCUAAAGCAGGCUUAGGAGAUAAAAAGACAUCUUCGCUUGUUAAACGUAAAAGCAAAGUGGACAAAAAUCUGAUUGGUAUGCCAGCCGAUUUUAGACAUUUAGGACAUAUUGGGUAUACACCAGGAAAGGGCUUCAGUGUGCAAAAUAACGACCCAGAAUGGAAUAGCUUAUUCGAUCAGUUAAAAGAGUUAGGUAUUACUGCUGAAGAAAUUGAUGAAAACCAAGAAUUUAUUCAAGAGUUUUUAGAGCAAAAUAAGCAGCAAACGCAACAACAUCCUGUAGCAUCAAUAAAUAAGAUCUCGUCACCACCACCGCCCAAAGUACCUAUGCCGCCUCCAUCAGCUCCCCCACCUACCAACCCAUUAAUGCCUCCCCCAGCACCUCCAUCA